CGCCGUCGCUGUCGUCGCCGUCCGUGCUAGCCAUGGAUCUAGGCGCUCCCGCCCGACGGCGCCUACCGAUCCGCCUCUUGCUGGUGUCGCUCACCGUCCUCGUGGUCCUCACCGCGCGCUCCAGUGCCGAAGUCAUCACCCUCACCGAAGAGACCUUCUCCGACAAGAUAAAGGAGAAGGACACGGUGUGGUUUGUGCAAUUCUGCGUCCCCUGGUGUAAACACUGCAAGAACCUUGGAACACUAUGGGAGGACCUGGGAAAGGUUAUGGAAGGUGCGGAUGAAAUUGAGAUUGGGCAAGUUGACUGUGGUGUCAGCAAACCAGUAUGCUCAAAGGUCGAUAUACACUCCUACCCAACAUUCAAGGUGUUUUAUGAAGGCGAAGAAGUAGUAAAAUAUAAAGGACCUAGGGAUGUGGAAUCGCUGAAGAACUUCGUGUUGAAUGAAGCUGAGAAAGCAGGCGAGGCAAAGCUUGAAGCUGAUUGAGGCAGGGGAGUUUCAGCAAGCAUGUGGCGAGUGGCGUAGACAAGGAACAAUGCUUUGCAACAUUGUCUUCUAUCCUGUCAUUUACAAAGCCAGUUUACAGGAAAGAAAUGACCUUAUGAGCUCGUAUCAGAGUAUUCCUCUUCCAAAGUAACUCCGAAUCAGUUCAUAGAAGCUGUACUCCAUUCCAUAGUUUUUAUCACAUUGACAAACUCUCCGAAUCAGUUAAUAGAAGCUGUACUCCAUUCCACACAUUGACAAACUGAAGUAACGAUUGGAACGCAA